AACUAAGGACUGAGACGACAGCAGCCGAGGUAGGAGCACCGGGCCCAGCGACCGAGCGAGCGAGAGAGAGCCAAAAAGAUCGGGCGUUGUGGGGCCAUGUCCGAGCCGGACACCGCCGCCGCGUCCCGCUAGCCGUCCGAUGUCGAGAGAGCGAUCGAGCAGCGCGCGGGGGGCGCCGGCCAACAUGCGGCCUUCCCUGACGUCGUCGCCGCCGCCGUCGUCGCCGCUGCCGCUGCUGCUGCUGCUGGCGCUGUGUUGCUGCAGUCUGCUGCCGCUGGCGGACGGCGUUGAGGAGGACUGCGUUGACUUCCAGGGCAACACGGUGCAGCACGGCCUCCUCUACGUGCCCGGACCCAGUGUUUGCUCCCUGUGCGUGUGCUACCACAGCGAACCCAUGUGGUGCAAAGCCAUCUACUGCGACCCCCCAUACGGCUGCAAGAAGUGGCGCGUGUUGGAGCGGUGCUGUGAGUUCCAGUGCCUUGACGAGCCGUCCCCGACCGGCGACGAGCUGCUCGUGUCCCCGCCGGAGCCGACUGCGGCCACCUCGGCCGCCUCCGUUGCCGUCUCCGCCGCCACCGCGCCGCUCCUCCUCCUGUCCUGGCUCUGCUCGCUGCACUGAUGCCACCGCUCAGGUGGCGCGAGCGAUCACCAAGGAGAGCGGAAGGAGCGCCGAGAUGAGAAAAAUCCUGCCUUGCGAGCUGUUGCGUCACAUAAUGGAAUCGGCUGCUUUUCAGGAGCAACUGAUCGAUCGAUUAGGUGAUCGAAUUCAUGUAUAGCUUCGAACACAAACACACUUAGACACAUUUUACACGAACACCGUGGACACGCAGGCUGGGUCCUUUGAUUUAUCCACGAAUGCGAAUAAGUGAAAUUAAACAGGCGCUGCUGCUUCCAAAGAAAGAAAGAAAGAAAACUGCUCUCUCGAAGUAAUUCUGUCGAUAAUAAUGUUACAAAUAUGAAAAUCGUAUAUAUCACGUGCGCAUAUUAAGUGUAAAAGAAGAUUGCAACUCUCGCGGCUUUUACGGAAAAAUCAAUCAAACAAGUGAGAUUAAGUAAGCUCCUUCGGUAGACGCAAACGGACGACUGAGAAUCAUAAGAUUAAUCAAAUUUAUACUUUCGCGUAUUUUUUUCUUUCGCCAUCGUUUGGAUGUGUAAAUGAAAGAAACUUUCGAUCCUCGCUUAACAGACUUUCCGCUUUGGAAAACGUAAACUUAGUGGCUGAAGUGCGCGCACACGGGCACAUUUCGCAAAUCUCCGCUUCCUUUUGCGACAACACGACGGGUCAUCAACAAACUGAAAUAAAAUAAUCGCAUAAUCAUGGUCGGCAACACAGAGCUACAAUAGUCCACUCACGAAUUGCUCAGCAAUGCAGUCGAUUGUUGUGAAAAUGAAAAUCCUAACGCACAUUUAUAGCUGGUAAACUCCUUCAUUUGAAUUGUGGCAGUCGGUGAAAGAGAAAAAAAUGUUGACACAAAAUAAUUUAGUUUGCAGCAGCUAUACACCUUCUAAGGAUCGUAGAGAUUAGGAUUCGACAAAAGUACCCUGAUUGAUUGUUGUGUUAAUACUUGUUGGUUUUUCUUUUUAUUAUAUUACCAAAUAAUAGAAUAGUCAAAAAUUGACUGCAACCAUCAGUCAGCGGAAAUGUCGAUUUCUAAUCUAUACUCUCCUCAGAUGUACUGUUUCAGUUCAACAAAAGUAAAUACGGUAAAUAUAGAGUAAAAAUCAGAGUGUAUAGUCCAGGUUUUAGUUGAAAAGCAGAUUCCCCUGCUAUUUCACUUGGAAUAGAUUUUUUUAUUAAUUGACUUAGCUAAUGUUGAGGGAUAUUUUCUGCCGAAUCGCUGUCGUAAAUUAAAACAAUAUAUUCACUGGGAAAUGUAGUCUAUGUAGUUGAGUAUAUUAAUAUAUAAAAAGUAUGGGUCUUUCAGAUAGAGUAAGAUUGAGAAGAAAAGCAGCGAAAAAAACUUGAAAAAUGACUUUUUACACACACGUUACAAAAAAUCCGUUUGAGUUUCGAGACGAGCGAUUAUUGGUUGACUGUUCGCUGUACGUAGCGUUAGAAGAAACUUUACACACACACAUACUAUAUUAUACUCCUAUUUAUACUUGAAUUUUGCUAUCACGAAUCCAGCUUUAAAGCUCUUUCGGGGGUGAAACGCGAGUUGAAAAAUAAAAAUAUGGGGUCCAGCUGCAGAGAAACAAUAAAAAAAUAACGAUUGUGCUUAAAGUGCUAGAGGACGAGUGUGACGCAAACGCGGAAAAGUAGUGAUCCAGACCGACAUUAAUCCUAUAACUUUUUUACGCGCCGCGGGGCGGGAACGCAGAGCUGGCACUCCUAUCUUGUUAAAAAAAUUGAUUAUAAAUAACCCUUUAAAACACUUCUCUACUAAUCACACUUGUAUAUCUCCAAAGGCUCAUUGAUACAAACACACCAGAAAAUAAAAAGCUUCUCGAGCCACCAAUAGAGGGCACCACUGUAUAUUUCUGUUUCUGGUAGCCAAAAUCAGUCCAGUCAAUCGAUUAAAAAAUCUUCCAUCGCAUUGACUGAUCAAAAGUUGAUUUUCAGAGUGAAAGUAUUGAGUUAUAGGUUGUAGGUUAUAGGUUGUAUUGAUUGUAGGUAGAAAUAAUUUUAUUUUGACGGUGGAGUCAUCUGUCAGCGGCUAUUCAAACUUCUAAGAAACUUACUCUUCUUAAUAGUAUGGUGUGUGAAUCACUUUAUAUCGCAUCGUUUAACCAGUCAAGUGUACAUCGCGUAAUACAUACAUAUUAUUAUACCGCGUGUUUUACACACAAAUUGCAACAUAAUACUAUAAAAUAUGAGAUCAUAUAUAUGCUGUGAUUCUUUAUCAUUAUGUGAUAUAUUUUCUAGUCGCGCAGAGUUUGAUGUCUAUCAACGAAAAAGAAAUUUGAAAGACAAAGUCCUCUUGAUAUGUUCGAUUUAUUCGUAGGUCGCGCUUUUAUUUCCCCGCUUGUUUUGCUGCAAUUUCCAACAAGAUAUAUUUGCUGCAAUUAUCCGUUUCCACGUACAUUAUAAUACGAUAUUUAGCACUUCAAACAUUUCAAGCAAACUUGUACCUUCAUCGGGAUUAAAUUAAUGAUGUUAUAUUGCUGCUUUUGUGCAAUUUUUACACGGAUAUGAAAGGAGAUGAACUCGAGUGUAAUUUGAAUGAAUUCUUACGGAAAGAAAAAUAAAACAUUGCCUUACAAUGCACGUGUUUUAUUUAAUAGAAAAAACACUUGAAAUGCACUAGCAGUAGAUACCUCAGCAACCUUCACUAUUGUGAUGAAGUUUAGUGGCUAAGUACGAAACGUCCCUUGAGAAUCCUAUUCAUAAUAAUCUUCCGGCCGGCCAGGGUUGACAUGCGCUUCUUCCAGCCGUGUCUUCGCACCCUCUUGAUUUCACUGGGACGCGGAAAAUGACACCGGAUGUUGGCCAGCACGCUCGUUGUCGAAAUGUUCGCGCUGGGCACGCCGCUCAACAAGGGUCGAAAGUGUCCGAAAACGCUCGGCGCCGCCCACGACGCACGGC